AUGUCGAACCGACCGCAGCUCCUCACCCACGGCCUGUCCGGCCUGUCGCAGGCCACGUCGGCCGACGACGCCCAGUCGCCCGCCGAACAGCGCGACAGUGCCAAGCAAAACUUCCUCAAGUCGAUGCGAGCCCUGCCCACCCAGCAUAUCUGGCACGUGUAUUAUGACGGGCAAUCCAAAGACGCCAAGUCCCAUGACGGCGAAUACACGGCUCGGCUGGCCCGGCUCGGCGAGCCGAUCGCGAGCGUCCAAGCGUUUUGGCGCUACAACAACAACACGCCGGUGGAUGAGAUCAAGAUGCGAGAAUCCAUCUACCUCUUCAAGCAGGGCUUCUUGCCCAUCUGGGAAGACCGUCGCAACAUACACGGCGGCAGCUGGACCUUCCGGGUCCCCAAGUCUGCCGGUCCUCAACUCUGGACCCUGGUGCAGAUGCUAGCCAUUGGCGAGAAGUUGGAAAGUGUUUUGGACCAGAACGACCAGCUAUGCGGCGUCGGUCUAUCCGUCCGCUUCAACGCGCACCUCAUCACCAUCUGGCACCGCGAGUCGUCCAAGCAAAAGUCCGUCGACGCCAUACUCGCCUGCGUCAUGGAGAAUCUGCCAGACGAGCACCGACCCAAGCCCGACAACUACUUUUACAAACGACACCGCGACCACGCCGGGUUCAAGGCACCCCCGGAGCUGCAGGCCGUCCUGGAUUCUCAGCAACGUCCAGAAAAGCCAACCGUCACAGAAGCCUCUCAGCCCGUAGUCGAACUCGGCGCCCCCUCGGCGCAAUAA